AUGAGCGCAGGCGGUGGUCGUUCCCCGGAGCGUACGGAGGACGCGCGGCCACUGGUGGCUCCUCAGGAUUCCAAGGAUGAAACCUGGGACUGCGACAUCACCACCAGCUCCACCAUGUUCUUCCAGAUGACCAUGUCCGUCACCUUGGGCGUUUUCAUCUAUGAGGGCACGGCCUACAACUUGAUGUUCUUGGGCCGUGUUCUACCUGCUGCGGGCAAGGCGGACUUCAUUCCCUUCUUCUUCCUGCUCUUUAACAGCAUUUGGGGCCUAGCCCUGGGCGCCUACAUCCGCGCCUACGCCAGCGAGGCUGGCAAGGUACCGCACACCUGGCACGAGUUCGUGCGCGAGGUGGGCCCAGCUUUGCCAGUGGUGCCCUCCGUGGCUCGAUGGACCCCCGGGAAGGCGCUGGAUCGAGCGAAGAUCCAGGAUUUUAUCUAUGGUGGCCCUGAGCAGUCGCUGGAAGAGCGGCAAAAAUGCUCCUGCACCAUGGAUGCUCGCAUGCUUCUGGUAGCAUUCCUCACAUUCAUGACUUAUGUCAUGUAUCACGCCCAGCGGAUCAGUUUUUCCGGGGUCGCCUCUUCCAUGACGGAUGAGGAAGGCUUUACCGCCACCAAACUGGGUACGAUGUCAACAGGAUACAUGUUCGCAUAUGCCAUUGGCCAGUUCGUGUGUGGUCGCUUUGCCGAUAACGUGCGCCCAAAGCGCGCCUUAGUGUGGGGCAUGCUGGGCUGUGCCCUGCUGGCAUUUGUGGAAGGAGUCUUGGGCUCCGCCGGGUGCGGCGGAGAAGGUUUCUGCUACAUCAUUUGGGUGCUGAUCCGGAUCACCGAGGGUUUGGUGCAGGCGACAGGAUGGACAGCCACUGUGGCCAUCAUGGGCAACUGGUUUCCACAGGAAGGGCGAGGUUUUAUCAUGGGCCUUUGGGCAACCAAUGCCAAUGUGGGUGACAUCUUUGGUCUUCAUGUGACCUCAGCCCUUUUAUACACCACUGAAUGGUUCGUCAUCUUGUGGGUCUUGGCAGGAUUUAUGACUGUCUGGGCCGUGGUGAAUAUGAUCUUCUUGCGCGGGGCUCCUCCUCCAUUUUCCUUGACCUGGCAAUACGAGGAAGCCGCAGCUGGGAAAGCCCAGGUGGCCACCGUGGACGAAGAGACUGCCGGUUCUUCGGCGAGCUUGUGGAAGAUCCUCCAGGUGCCGGGGUUAUUGCAAUAUUCCUUCAGCUACAUGUUCAUCAAGCUGGUGAACUAUGCCCUCUUCCUGUGGUUGCCCUUUUAUUUGAGCAAGGGCAUCGGUGUGGACAAGUCCCUGGCAUCUUUGAUGGCCACCCGCUUCGACAUGGGCUUCAUCGUGGGGGCCAUUUUGGCGGGCUUGGCUAGUGACGUCACCACACACUGGGCAGGCAUGCCCAUGAGGAGCCCAAUCGUGAGCGGUUUCUUGCUUUUUUCGCUGAUUCCUAUGACAGUGAUGCGCUUCUCAGCCGAUCCCGACGUCAUCAAGUGGGCCAUCUUCUGCUGCGGGAUUUUCCAGGGGGGUCCCGCGGACGCCCUCACCUCUGCUGUCUCGGUGGACCUGGGGAAGCAUCCGAGUCUCCAGGGCCAGCGCGCCAUCAGCACCGUGACUGGCAUCAUUGACGGCACUGGGGCGGUUGGCGCAGCCGUGGGCCAGUAUAUGGUGGGAAUGCUAAGUGAUCAGCUUGGGUGGAAGUCCGUGUUCCUCUUCCUAUUGAUUUGCCUGGCAGCCGCCUUUAUCCUCUCGCUGCUGCGACUCUUCAAGGAGUUGGCGGAUGUCCGCGCCCUUCGGAAGAAGGGUCUGAGCACCACUGGCCUAGUGGGUGACAUCGAAAUCUCGAGUGAGUCCUCAGAUGGCGACAGGUGA